UUACUGGCGAUUGUUGGAGGACGGACUUGCCGAGCAAGAGUCGGCCAUAGCAGAGCAGCAGUAGCAGCUAACAGCAAAUCGCAUAAAGGCAAAGGCAGAAGACAACGGUUUUGAAUUAGAUGGGUACGAUUUUUGUGGAUACAAAAAAAACUUGAAUCAUUAUCGGCCGACUCCGACGGCGACAGUGCUAAUCGAAAGGACGCUUUUUGUGGAUCAGUAUUUGGAGAAAACUAUUGUUCGCUGUUCACUGCUGCUGUGGAGUAAGAAAAAAGGAAAAAAUAAAAUGAUUAGAAUUUAAAUAGCCGUGAAAAUGGAUGAAUAAGUUUCGAAACACUAGCAGAGAGUGAGAGUGUAAUUCUGUGGAAGAAAAUAUGUGUAUGCUUUGCUUGUAAGAAGGCCUAUCGAGCGCAUAAAAAUAAUCUGGAAGGGAAAAAAGUGACCCAUUAGCGUGUUGAGUCAAACAAGUGCAUCAUUACUGGCUAGUCUAAUGUUCGAGCGUGGUGCCUAGGAUUACUAACUAGCUGGCUAAUGAGAUUUUUGUAAACGUGGCGGCGUCGGCGAAUACGGCAACUUUCGGAAGUGUUUGCAAUUGUGUAGGCGGCGGAACGUAGAAACCCGCAUUUUGAAGAAGAAAAAACCACAAAGCAUCAUCACUGGAGGUGUACAGAUCACGAGAAUACGGUUAACGAGAUGCAGCCACCACGCAACGUAGGGAAGCGGCGAGACCAGCAGUGACGGGACGGGAGGCCAGGUGUGUGCCAGCGGAUCGCCUCGGUUUGAACAGGAAUACUAACGCCGUCACAAGCCAUAAAGCACGUCGCGUGUUCUCAGCAGGUGCUCGCUCCUUCGGCGUCCUUGAGGGAGCGGAAAACUCAAAUUUAAUCUACACCCCGACAAUAAUGGUACUCUUGGUGGUGCUAUGCGAACGGGGAUGUAACGUAGCUUAACUCGUUGCUUCCAACAACACACACCAGUGAAAGGUCAACUUCGACCAGAAAUAACAUUGGCCUACUAAAUUCUAAAUACACCUUGCCACACAUUACGCUAGCUGGCCACCGCCACCGCUUGGUCACUAUUGUGUCACAGAGCGGACACACGGAAACGCAGUGAGAAACUGUUGUGGUCAGAGUGAGUUGUGAUAGCCGUCGCACAGCAGCAGUAGCGGUAAACAGCAGUCCGCAUGUUUGGUCAACGGAGUGAAAGAAUGGAUCUGAACAACGAGAACAUUCAGUCGGCCUCGGAAAUUGUCGAGAAUCGCCUCUAUUUCGUCGCAUUCAAAAAAGAGUUCAAGCCACGCGGGACGUCCAACACGCAUUACUUCACCGUCGACGAUGAGCUAGUUUACGAAAACUUCUACAACGAUUUUGGCCCGCUGAACAUCUGCAUGCUCUACCGGUACUGUCACCUGUUGAACGAAAAGUUACGAUCGGCACAGCAUGCCAGGAAGAAGAUCGUUCACUACACUUCCGUGGAUGCUUCGAAGCGACUGAACGCGGCCUACCUGAUCGGAGCCUACUCGGUGAUAUAUCUGAAGCGAACCCCGGACGAGGCACUAAAGCCGCUGACCUCUGGCUGCAAUGUACUAACCUACAUCAAGUUUUGUGACGCCUCAUAUGUCUACUCUGGCUACCGGAUAUCGUUGUACGACUGCAUCCACGCGGUAGCAAAAGCUCUGGAGGCCGGGUUUUUCAACUUUGACGAUUUUGAUUCCCAACAGUACGAACAUUUCGAGCGGGUUGAAAAUGGAGACUUUAACUGGAUCGUGCCGGAUAAAUUUUUGGCUUUCUGUGGUCCCCACAGCAAGUCCCGGUUGGACAAUGGCUACCCAAUUCAUGCACCGGAAACGUACUUUGACUAUUUUCGAAAGCACAACGUAACUACCGUAAUUCGGCUGAACGUGAAAAUAUACGACGCCGCUCGGUUUACUGCGGCCGGCUUUACGCAUCACGAUUUAUUUUUCGUCGAUGGAAGCACGCCCCACGAUGGCAUUCUGAAAAAGUUUCUUACAGUUUGCGAGCAGGCGGAGGGAGGCAUUGCGGUACAUUGUAAAGCUGGUUUGGGUCGCACGGGAACACUCAUCGGAGCGUAUCUUAUAAAACACUACAACUUUAGUGCCCUGGAGGCCAUAGCUUGGUUACGGCUGUGUCGACCUGGUUCCGUCAUCGGCCAUCAGCAGCAGUGGAUGCUUAGCAAGGAGGCAUUCCUAAUGAACGAAGGAAAUGCAUAUCGUAAACGACAUGCCGUCGGGAAACCCAUCAAACACCAAUAUGGAAUUUAUAGUUUAAAACAGUACGCCUGUCGUAAGGAUAAGGAACAACAGCAACAGCUACUGAACAACUCAACACCCAAAAUUCGGAACAGUUUAGCCAAUUCUGACUCUUCGUCAUCAUCGUCCGCUUCAUCGGCAACAUCUUCUGCGGCGGCUACACCGGUAGCGACCAGCAAGAUGCCUUCGGAUGGGCCCACCAGUUGUCGCGUGCAAAUGUUGCUAAAGGAGCGCGUCAAAGGAAUUUCUCACAAAGUCGACACUAUGCGAUUGAAUGACGAAGAGGAACAGCAAACUAACAAACUAAACAAUAAUUUUGACGGUGGGACAGAUUCGAUCUUGUCGUUAGAUGUUGUUGAUGGAAUCACCGAAACCGUACCGUCCCAGCUAAGUGCCGAUAGAAAAUGUGCAACUAUUCCGGUCACUCGACGUUCCAAGGCAGUCCGAACCAGUCGAUUGAUUAGCCUGGAACAGUCGCAGCAAACGCAAGGUGAUAAGUUGAAUCAGAUUAAAGCGAUGCGAAGAAGACCGUCGCGAUCGGCAAAUGUCAUAACACAAUGCCAUGAUGAGUCGACGCCCACUAACAUUCGGUUCAAUGUGAACCACCUGCAGCACUACAACCAUCAUCAUCACCAUCAUCAUCACAAUCACCAUCAUCACACACGUGCUAAAUCUCAACCAUUCCGCAAUACUACCGCUAUUAAUCCGAACAACAACGCCACCACCAACAACAACAACAAUGUCAUCAACAACAUCAUCAACAACAACAGUGAGCGUAUCGUCGCUACUGCUGCUGGUGCUGCUGUAACCAGUGUUGCCAGUGUGCAAACCAAUAAUCUCUUGAAUCAAAUCGCCUCGGAUGCAGCAAUGAUGGUACCAACAAAACAGCAACGGCAAUCAUCGGGCGAGAAAGUGCCGUCGGGGGAUUCGUCCGGCGAAAUACCUGCUUCGGUUGUUACCCGCCUUCGAGCGGGAGUGGAAGGAGCGCCAACGGAAACUGUGACAAGCAGCUCUAGCAGCGUAGUUCUGCGAUCGGGUGAGUCGCGUCAGGCGACGAAGCUGAUUGAAGAAACCGCAGCAGAGGAGCAGUUAACAGUUAGCAGUAGCAAUAAUACCAGUACUAGCAAUACUAACACCAGUGGCGACACUAUGGCAAAAGCCAACACAAGCUCGCAAGUAACCAAAAGCACCACAGCAGCAGCAUUGAAUGCCGGCGGGGGACCGGGAGGAGGAUGCUACUCGACAACCAAUCUACUCGUACCGUGCUCCAUCAGACAGAACAAUCGCCUGUACAGCAAGAGGUCUGUCGCUGCCAGCCAACAGAUCCAGCAACAAAAGAACAAGAAAAACUCGCAAACUAUGGCAGAGGUCAUCCUCACAACCCAGCCGAGCUCCGGCACCGGCACAAACACGACAUCGGCCGCCACCUCCACUAACCCCACCGUCAUCAAGCUAACCGUGAAGGACGAGGUGAAACCACGCGCGUCGGUACGGACGGUACGGAAUAAUAGCCUGGAAAGCUACCAUCAUCACUAUCAGUACAUUAACAUACCGAACAUCAUCACCUACAAAAGAGGACGUUCAAAAAUACCAGCCUCGGCCCGUUUGAGAUCCAGCAUGACAGCCGAUGGUGCCUCGACCGGUACCGGUAAGAAGGACGACCCUGAUUCAACAACCAUUCAGCUGAUACUUAACAAACCUGUGACGCGACGGACUCGAAACUCGGGUGGAGGAACGGCUCCGCCGCAACUGAUCGGUACGACAGCUCCCAACACUUCCGUCGCCGUUGUAACGGCGACUGAUGACCUAAAUGGCAAUGGAGUUUCGACCGCAUCAAUUCCACUCAACGGAGAGGAUCGAAAGAACAACAAUGGUGACAUUAAUCUGGAAUUGACCUGUCUGGCCGGCAACAGCAGCGUCAUCAAACGUAACAAACGAUCUCGCAGUAGUACAAAGAUAGAGAAAGAAAAACAGGACGAAAAGGGCAGUAAGGUGCUGCGCAAAAACGGUGGAACAGCAUCGGGAACGACCGCCAGCGGUAUUCCGGUGGCGACGGGUAGUGGUGGUGUGAAAGCGACAUCCGAAUCGAAGGGAGCUAGUACCGAGAGUAUUACCUCGGCAGCCAGCACUCCGACGACCAGCCUGACGCGAAACACCUUCAGCAGUAGCUCGUUAAACCGGAAAGCAGGCGGCGGCGGAGUUUCAACUUCAAUGGUUGGAACGAAAAUUCCCUCCACCGGCGGAAUCGGUGCGCAGGAAAGUUCCUCCGCUACCGGUUCGCUUAAGGUGCGCAAAAAGUGAAACCCCCUAGUUAGCUUGGAUGGUUGAACUUUUUGCCGCAAUGACGAUGGCAUUUUAUGCGCUAAUCCUUGAUUAGUGACAGCAAUUUUAGGCAACUGAAACAUUGUUGGUUGUCAUUAUGGGAGAGCUAAGGGCUAAGGGAAAUGUGCAGAAUUGAGUUCUGUGAUGUAUAACACCGUUUAUAUUGUAUUUUUUCUUAUUUUUUUUUUGCAGUUUAUUGCUUUGACAUAUUUUUGGUCAACAAAAAUCAAAAAUCUAUCGCAGUGCGAUAAUGUUUUAUGUACUAAAUUGUUACUAAGAGCCGCAUGGCCAUGCAAUAGAUUGAGCUACAAAGUUUAUUUCCUAGUAUUAGGCAGAGCUUUAAAUUUGUUAUUCUAUUCGUUGCUUCCAUAGCAAAGCCUUCCCGCGAGCUAACUGGUUCAUCGUAUUGGGUGUUUCCAUCUGAGCCUAACCUAAUUAACGUCCGUGCUUUUGGUUUUCUACCGAUUCUAUUCUGCAUGACGUUUGGUGAAAAAUAACUCAAAUAGUACAGUUUCUUAAGUUAUUUAAGUUGUAAUCGUAAAAUAGUUAUACAGCAGUUUACUCCUGGCCAUAGUUUUUUUUUGUAAUGCGAUAAAAUGUUUGAUGAUCAUGUUUCCAAAUCAGUAAGAAAGCCGAAAAAUGUAUAACAAUUGUAGUAGAAUACGGCUACCGCUUAAAAUAGACAGUUCACUGUGUAAUAUCAAUUAUAACGAAAAUGUUGCUUUAAAAACAAAAACAUUAAGAUUUCAUAGUACAAACUUGCUUGUACCCCAUUGGUAAAAGAAAAGCUAAAUUAUUAAUUAGGUCUUUAAACAGUCAUAUAAGUUAAAUGGUGCUGUAAAGUGCAAUUUCCCUUUCGAUUUUAAGCUCGGCAAUUGGGACAACCUCUGUUUCGCCACUGAAGAACUAAUUUUCCAAUGAAAUUUUUAUCUUUGUCAUCUUACUACGAAAUUUUGGUUGUUAUUAGCGAGCUAAAUAACAUCCUACACAAUUCGUCCAAAUGGCAAUUAGUGUAAGUUACUGGAUUUUGGACAUGCAUUGUAGUAUUGUAGAAUUUAUUUAGUAGACAAUUUAAUGUGCUAUCCCGUGCACAUUUCUUAUUAGCUAGAGUUUCGUCGAAGACUACAGAACUCAGUCUUGAGUUCUGGAGUCUUCGGUUUCGUCGAUGGCAACGGUUUUCAGGCUAAGGUAUUUCGGUAUCAGUCGAGUCGACUGAUUGAACGAUUUCCGGUUGGUUGAACCAUCUUGUAUCGAGAACAAUUUUCUAUUGGGUUGUUUCAGUGAGAGGUACCUUUAUUCAACCGUCUGCAGUCGUCCGAUCUUCACGGUGAAAAUGAUGGAUGAUCCUCCGAACAAAUGGUGCAGUUCGAUCGUCUUCUCCAUAUUUCAUCUCUCACCCACAAUCGACGGUGCGCUAUGAUGGAAACCUAUAUUAUAAUGGAUAAAAUGCUUUACAGUUUAUUAGUUUUAAAAUAUACAUCGCCACUUUAUUUGGAAUUAUGGAUCAGCAACGAUUCGGCUAGUCUGAGUAUAAAUUACAAAGUAUAAUUAGCGUUUCUCGAUUGGUCGGUUAGCGAAUUAGCGGUGCCCAACACGGUUCAUAGGUAAUCAGACAAAUAGUGAGUGGACCGGCGGAAGGUGGCCCCUCAACUAUUCAACGAUCCAUCGAAAAAUCGAUCAGACCCAAUAGGCCGGAUAGCUUCUUGAACUUUGGUGUCCUCUGUCUCCACGUCCUCCGAUUCGGCGGAACAAAGCGAUGGAGUCAAGUUCUCCAUAGCUGCCGCCAAUUGACUACGCUACGCCAACAUGAGCCUCCGUGUCUACCUCUUCUAAACUGUCCCUGCGAAUUGAAGUCGGAUACCCUCUGCAGAUUUCGUUCGCUCCUCUCCUCAAGUCAUGUCCGAUUCACCUCAGUGUCCUGGCCAGUGUCCACCUAGUGUCAGUAACGAUGAAGUUCCGGUUUGGAGAUCCAAGUGUGAGUCCCGAUUGUGACAAACAUUUCAAAGACCCGCAUAUCUUUCUGACCCGUCCUUGUGUAUCAGUCUUGGAACCACCGUCGGUCGUUGUUCGGCUACCAAGAUAUUGAAAAGCUUCCAAUCCCUCAUCCUGUCGUCCCAUCACCAUGAAUGUGGAUGGGUUGUUAGUAUUUUUUGCGGUUUUUGUCUAUGACACCUCCUGCCUUAGAGCUGACAGGGAGAUAAUCAAGUGUGCUCUAAUGAAUAAUUUGACAACUUUAACGAUUAGAAACAGUAGCGGUGAAAGUAUGCAGCCUUGUCUGAGUUUAGCAAUAACCCUCAUACGGUCCGACAAGACGCCGUCGUGCAGGAUUAGCUUAUGUAGGACUGCUUUACGCCUAAGUGCUCUCGAGAUAUUUUCGUAGUUUAGUCGGUCGAAUACUUUUUCGAAAUCAUCACCAGAACCAACAGAAGGAAGUUCUGAAGCUCGUUGAUUAGUUCCAAGAUUAUAUGGUGCGUCGCGAUCCAUGAUCCAUGAUGAUCCAUACAUGAUGAAAAGCCAGCACGGAAUCUAGGUUGUUGCCACUGGAGGGUGGCGUCGAGUACUUCGAGGGUGAUACAGAGCCACAUGAUGCCGUGCCAGGCCUCAAAUUUAGAUAGGUCUUCAUUUUUGGGAACUUUCCAGAUAUUGCUGAAGAACCGUCUUUGUCGAUGCCCGGCAAGAGCAUGGUGCGGAGUGGAAGAGUAACUGCCUAAGUGGGUAGCUAGUGGGUAGGGGGGCUCCGUAGCCGCAAGGUUACCGAGUCUGCUUUGACAAGCGAGUGGUCGUGGGUUCGAAUCUUAGUAGAAUCAAGCCAUUCGAUGUCAAGUGACUUUAGCAUGGGUUUAUUCUCAGGUCCCUCCAUUUACCCUUCCUUCGUGCUGAAUUCUAUAUUUACCCUCUGAAGCCUCUUGACAGUGCAAAUGUCCCUCCUAUAGUUAAGUGUACUGGUCAGAGGUACGAAUGAGUCCUCGCCAGCGACGGCUAUAAUAUGGGAUAGUGCUGGCAGCGAGGAAUAAGUGGGUAAAGUAGAUUAAGCUUUGAAGCACGCAUAAAAUUUAAUAAGCAUAUCGCUCACUCAAUAGCGAUUAUAGCAAAAAGAAAUGCAGUGCAGGUCAUACAGCAAACACCCGGGCGAUAUUACAAUAGAUCAACUAUACUGGUCGCAGUAAUGAGUCCACACAUGGAAAAAAAAAGUGGGUAGCUUCUAGAUUUUCCUUGCCGUUAGAAAUGAUCCGCUGACACACUGAUAAUUUGAUGAUCGCUUCGUUGCCGGGAGAAGUUCUCGUUUUGACGGAUAACACGAAUCAACUUUGUAUACUUUAGUUGUAACACGUGUCUUAAAUAUUUAUAAUUAUGUUCACGAGAUAGAAUGAUUAUGGUAUUUGAAUGCCUACUGACCGAUAUGGCAUCUGACGUUUAAUUAUAGACGCAAAUGCGCACGAACUGGUGCGCUUGGGUUAGCGGUAACUCACCAUUGGCUCACAGCGAAUCGACGCUUAUCGCUUAGUACUGGUUGGAGUAUUCCAACAAUACUAACGAUAUUGUAUCAGCGUUCGGUUGAAAUGCAGUCUAUUUCUGGUGUUCUGCUAGACUCCAUACAUUUGAUUGCUUGAAUUGAAUUGCUUGAAUUUCAGCUAACGACGAUACCUUUGAGUCGACGCAACUUAUGUGAAGUACUGUGGACUCUACUGCUGGGUUUAGGUUGACCUGUGAUACUUGUUCGGUCCAACGAUUGCUACGGCCCUUUCUUCCUCCUCAGCAGGGGGUGUUGACCCUGGACCUUGUACCGUCUACAAGAGUCUAGCAGCCCUCUCCAGCUCAGUAUAUCGUUGACGACCUGCUAUCUUACUCAGUGCUGGCUUUCAUCUUUCUCCGCUCAUUGACCAUCCUCCAGUUUUUGACCGUCUGAAAUCCAUUCCCUGCGGGAACUGCGCACCCUGCUGGUGGUUUCGUUGUCCGUUGUGGCGAAGGCGUUUUUGACGUCGGUCCAUUGUUCCUCAUCAUUAUCGCCAGAUGGUACUGCUGAGGUUCGGGGUACCUUUCAUCUAGGGUUUUUCAGCCGGUGAACAUCCUACCGACAUUCGUCGUUCGACCCGAGUGGCAUGCAGGCGUACCUCAUCAAUCCUUCUCCGCGUUAGGCGGAUGCAGAUGUAGUCUAUUAGGUUUUCUGUUGGGUUAUCUGGAAAACCCCAACAAAAUGCUUAAUUUCGGUUGGCGAUUGAAAAACAAAAUACAAAAAUACAAACUCGGUAAAACAAAUGUUCUUUAAAUUCUACGUUUGUUAGGCUUUCUACAAAAAUGUGUCGACGUCGACUGGGCAGCCUUAUAGCGAUUGGCCGAAAUCUUAGCCAUGCCCGAUGAAAAGAUGGAUGUCGGCAUGUUCUUCGGCUCUUUCGUGGCCUUGGCGAACAGUUGCUUCUCUGUUUUGACCAUGAAAUUAUUGGAGUAGAUCCUGCGUUUGAGAAACGCACAAAAAUUUUAUAUCAGCUGUAGCUGGGGGACGAUGAGACGGUUGCCAGUCUUUGGAACAACGUUUACUUUCAGCCGGUCCACAUCCUCCAACGAUCUCUUGACAUAAUGGACCGAGGUUAGGUCCGGAAAAACGCCAUGUCCUCCUUUGCAGAAUCCUUCUUGAUGGAGGCGUCAACUUCCGACAAGUACUUCGUACUGUAUAUCUCCCCGUUCACCACAAGCCCCGAAGAAAAGAACAGUUGCUUGGACAUCCUGUUCUCGCUGAUCCUCAGCCAUAAAAAGACUAACUUCGAGAAUUGCUUACCUCAUUGAUAGGGGACGAAAAGUACCCGAUCCCCUGCCAGCCAUUGCCGUUCAGCGUCAAGAUCUCGUCAUACAUUAUGACCACGACGUCGCGCUUCGCCGGAAAGAAGUUUUUCAUCAACAUUUUCAGCCGCUCCUUCUGGGUGAUGUUGGUUUGGUUGGUUACUCCGACCUCCCGGUCCAAUGCGUGGAGCGAUGAGGUCAUCUUGCUGUCGGUUUUUCUCUGCCGCUUCUCAUGCACCAUACGGUUGCGCAGCCAUUCGGGAGGCCAUUCGACGCUCUCGUCUUUCUCCCUUCUGGAAGGAAAUGUAGGAUGCUGUAUCCGGAGGACACGAAGUUUCUCACGAUGUCCAACUUCUUCGCUUCGGAGUAUAGCUGGCAGCACGAAUUAAGCACCAAGCGUAGUGGCUGGACUGUUUUCGCCAGCUGAUAACGCUGUUUUGUGAUAAAAUCAGUUUUAUAAUGCAUAUGUUAAAUAGGACGUUCUCGGCCACACUGUUCAGCUGACUGUAAGAACUCUUUCUCCUGCAAGUCACCUACAUUCAUUUGGGACGUAACGCUGGGUCAUCGAAAGGUUUGUCACCCGUGCUCUGCAUCUGAUGACAUUUAUCCUAUCGCUUAUCGGGUCAUCAUGGCCAGGUGCACACCUCGGCUCGACAAGAAUUCAAUUCCUUGUUCCCAAGUUGCAUUAUUACCUCGUGUACCAAAAUAUAAUAAGACUUGCGCGGAAUAAAAGAAAUUAUUCACCGGUGUUAGACUAACGGACGUCAUUCAGUCCCAGUAUUUCGUGCUUCAGCGGCCAAUUGAGCCAAAUUUUCUUUUGGUGAAGAGUUAAGUCCAUGUUUUCAUGCUACAGAUUGUAAGAAAGAAUCCUGAUCGAUUCCUAUCUUCGUUUUCUGUUACGAAUAAGUUGUCAGAUGCAGUACCCUGGUAGAUGGUAGAUGGACACUUGUUAUAAAGUAGUUGAACUGACUGUUAUCUGACUAAUUUCAGUUAUUAAGAAGUUAGUAUAAGCAAAAGUAUCGCACGUGUACUACUUGGGGGACCUAAAGCCCAUAUCCCGCGAGUGAGGCUUCCGGUGGUCACUCCAAAACAGACGGCGUUUGUUCUCCAGUACGGUCGGUUCUGAGUUACCGUUCUCAAAUCCCCUCGAAAACCAGCUGAAUGUGCAUCAUCCUCGACAGCGCACAUCCAUUGGGCGCCACAGUCUAUUUUCCAUUUUGCCACCACAUAUUGAACAGAGAAUUUUACGCUCAAAAAUCCCGAACUACAAAUUACGGGUCUUCAGCUGGCUACGUAAUCCGCAAAAAGAUCGAUUCGCGGCUGCAAUUCGUCGUUUUACUUCGCGGCUUACGGCGUUGUCACAUGUCACGAGUGUACUAAGGUAUAUGCACAGACUAACAGACGUAACACUUCGAACAAAUUUUCUACCAAAACAUCGUUUCAAUGACACCUCUAAAACUUGGAAAAAACACUAGCAUCACCUAGUGCAGUCUUUGCGCUACGCAAAGCAGCUUGGUAUAAAUUUAGCAAUACUAUAAAUUUCCUUGUAUAUUAUCUGACAACAGCGCCAGUGCAAGCGAGCGGCGUUCUCGCGCAGCGACUGUUGUUUGAGUCUUGGCUUAAGUGAACAUUUGAAAUGAUCGUUUUUAUUGGCGAUGGAAUGAGGCUUCAGUGUUACGUCUGUUAGUCUGUGGUAUAUGAAUUCCUCCACUACUUCAUAUCGUUUCCCAUCCAGGUCUAUCUCGGCACCAACACCAUUUGAAAUACCACGUUCCCUGCCAGCAAGAAUUUACUUCGAUUUGGCGGAGUUAGCGGUAACCCCCAAUCUCGUUGUUUCCCAUUUGAAAGGCCUAAAGACCUUUUUCACUGCUCUACGGUUGAUUCCGAUGAUUUCGACGUCAUCCGCAAAACCAAGAAGCAUGUGAGAUUUCGUGAUGAAUGCCCUGUUUCUUUCCACUUUUGCGCCUCGUAUUGCAUCUUCCAAGGCAAUGUUGAAUAGAAGGCUAGAGAGUGCGUCCCCUUGCUUCAGUCCAUCCAACGUCGCCACUAAAGCGGCUGAGGUUUCACCCACUAUUCUGACGCAUGUUUUUGACCAAUCCAGUGUCACACGAAUCAGCCGAACCAGUUCUGUCGCAAAAUCAUGUGCUAGCAUUAUCUGCCACUGCUCAUUUCGUUUGACUGAAUCGUACGCCGGCUUAAAGUCAACAAACAGAUGAUGAGUCUGCAAGUUGUACUCCCGGAGCUUGUUGUUGAUGUUGUUGUUAUUAGUUUAUUAGGACUUUUUAAACAUAAGGCGUUCAUUCGAGUCCCGAAACUUGUCUAGUAACUAACACAGGUUAGACAUCUGAACCAUCGUGGAACGACCCUUACGAAAACCAGCUUGGUACUUACCGGCGAAGGACUCCGCUAACGACUUCAGUCUACAGAACAGGAUUUUUCUAGUUUGCCAGAAGGGCAUCGGGUUAAAAAAUCAUUGCGACAGUCUUAAUGAUCGUCUUUUGUGGCAGGAUACGGAAGAGCUUUAUAAGCAGAUUUGAAGGUAGGGGCUUAAGAGUGUCAGAGCUGCUUCCGGGUAACUCUCUCCAUUGCAUACCCUCGUUGUUAGAGUUACCCUUCGCAAUCCGAGUUUCCAACCGAAGUCCAUGUUCCGUCGCCUUAUUUUUUGCCGAUUGUUUCAUUUCGUAAAUUCUUACACGUUAUUUGUAACAUAUUGUUCUUGGUGGAAGGGUUGUUGGAUUUUUCCCAAUUUCAUGUCUUGUCGGAGGGCCAUUACCAGAGGCUGUUCACCCCUCUGUUUGGAGUUCCAUGCUGGAUAAUUGGAGCUUGGAAAUCAGAGGCCUAUUUUUAAGCCAGUCCUGACAUGAAUUACAGACUGUCGACAGUUCGUAAAAGAACUCUCGUUGCCGUCAGCAUACGGUCUAAUUUCUGCCAGGGUUACUUAGAAUUCUGAUUAAUUCACUUUACGUCAAUGAGCGAGCCAUUGGUUGGUAACCCUGCUGCGGAUGAGACGGCGCUUGCUGCCCUCGAAUAAGCUUUGUUAAGUUGAGUGUUGGUUGAUAUAAAACGCACCUUCGAAUGGCCAAAGUUUUACGUUCUUUACUAUCAUUUUAUUCAGAUAAAUAGCAAUUUACGAACUAGUAGGCAUGUCAUCGUUUUCAAAACAAAACAUAAAGGCAAGUUUGUAAAUGAAAAUCAGUAACACAAAACAUCUGUGGGUAACGAAGAACUGUUGAAUAUCUUGCCGAAAUCCUGUAUACAGAACAACUACACCUUUUGGUACGUAUCGGAAUAGCAAGCACUAAAAGUAUUUUAAAACUUGUCAGCUGGAGAACAGGUUGCUUGCAAGCUUGUAUAAAUUGUUGCCUCUUUUGUUGUUUUAAAAUUGAAAUUGAAAUUUUUUUAAGUUCUAACCUUUGGUUGUUGGUUAUGCCAUCUUGAGGAAAGCUAAGAUUUCAAUAAAACCAGACAAUAUUUAUAGCAAUCGUUCACCACAAAACCAAAUCAUUUUGUAUUAUAUAUUAGCUCGAAACUAACAGUGUGCUGCUUGGUGUUUCGUCAAAAAUGCUGGUUUCGUUUUAUUUUUCAUAAGAAAUUUUUUUAGGGUUUGUUUUUCUCGUACAUGUACCAGGUUUUUGCUGUUAGAAAUAAGUUUUACACGUUGUUUUCCCCCAUAUAAUCAAAAAUUAUAGCAAUUUUAUGUUUCACUUUAUUUAUAGCUUCCGAUUAUGUUUCGAGUAACGUUCAUCUCGUGUUAAGAAGAAAUCGUGCGCAGAACAAGUCGCGAAGAAAAAAGUCAGUAUUCAUCAUCAAGUUUCGGAAAUAAAACAUAUAAAAAAAACACGUAAUCUCUAAUAAAUAUAAAUUUUAUGGCCUCAGCCAUUUUGCGUGGUGCGUUAUUCACUAUGAAAGACAAACAAAAAAUUCGUAAAUGCUUAUGUACAACGUACUUAUUCUUUGAAACAAAAAGAAAACAAAAUAAACUCAAUGUAUUUGAAGUGAAACAAUCACAUCUAAAAGCCGUGUAGUGAGAUUGUUGUUGUUUAUAGGUCCUUCACUUUAGAUGCCUAUCUACGAAAUAAGUGAACAAUAUAUAUAACUACAAACCGCCAUAUUAUAUCAUACGAUCACGUGGGAGUUGUUGAUUAAAACAAAGCGUAUAUAACAGAAAAAAGUGUAGUAUUUAACAUCGCUAACGCUGUUUGGUCAGUGAAAGUGAUUACGACGGAUCAUUUGAACCGAAACAUUGCAAUAAGAAUAGCCCUUCGUGUCACAUGCAAACACACACACACACAACACAGAAAAACCCCUGGUAAAAGAUAACGUAACACAACACAAAGCACUCAAGAACAAAAAUGAAUCGCACCCACAGACACAAACAACAAUAUCAAUAGACUCUUAGUAAACUGGUAGUGAUGUACUAAAUAAGGCUUAAUGAGAUAUAACAUAUAAAAAAGAGAAAUUUCUAAAUUACUGCGUAUAUGUAACAAAACUAAACUGCAGAUGACAUGCAUACAAAACUCACAAACGUGUGAAAUCACAUUAUUUUGAUGCUUUUGAGAAGGUUGUAUGAUAGAGGAAGAGUGAGUAAAAAAUUAAGAGUGGAUUUGAUGAAAUGAGUACAGAAAAAUGCAA